AUGGUUAUCUACUUGAGAAAUAAACCGUCCUACGGCAGUCCAAAGGAACUGCCGUCAUCGAUUAGGAGACGCGCGGAGGAGCAGGCGGCCUUGGAGGACCCCACGUGUCGCUGCGUGGAGAAGGCUGUCUCUGCAGAUGAGCUGAAAAGCAAAGUGCAGUUCGGACUUUCAACGAUGGAACCGGAGCAGAUAGCUCAGCUGCUGCCUUCAGAAGUGAGGAUCCUGGAAGAGAUGCGCCGCUGCAAGUGUGACACUAGUCCCACGCCCAGUCCUGUUACUGAUGGUUUCGGGGAUGCGUCCACCACGGAUGUGACAGAAGCCACAUCGACAGUUGGAUCCACUGUGCCUGAUGACGAACCGCAGGAUUAGGAAACGGUCGAGUGGUAUACAUGGAUGAUAUAUUUAUAUUGGGGAGAUAAUGACAAAGACAUAGGUAUUUUCCAGAUUAUGAAAGUACAACAAAGUGAAUAAAUACUGUUUUAUCUUAUCCUGGCAUCUGUAAUCUGUACAUUGCCACUUAUUUUCUGUAUGUUCGUAAAGGAUGUAUAUUUUGAUAUAAUAUUACCUAAGUAAUUUUAAUAACUGGCUACCAUCCAUCAUCUUACCCAAGUUUGUCGCCUUAACAGUAAUGUUACCAGCAUUGUUGGGUUUAGGCAGUCGGAGGUAAGGUAGUCAGUUCCUCUGUGGCUAAGGAUUCCGACUGAAGCUAGCUUCCACCUUCGGCCUGAUCAUUACUUUCCAUCAGGUGUGAUGCAAGCCACUCGAGCUUUCUCGUUGUUAUAAAAACAGU